ACCAACCCGAACCAGUGCGCAGGCGCGGGAAAGUUGUCCUAAGAAAGGAAAGUUUAUACAAGUUCAGAGGAGGAGGAGGUGGCUGCGGCCGGGGCCCAGGACCAGGUGCCCCCAUGGCGGGCUCGGAAGAGCUGGGGCUCCGGGAGGACAUGCUGAGGGUCCUAGCUGCCUUCCUUAGGCGGGGUGAGGCUGUGGGGUCUCCCAUUCCGACCCCACCCAGGAGCCCUGCCCAGGAGGAGCCAACAGACUUCCUGAGCCGCCUUCGAAGAUGUCUUCCCUGCUCCCUGGGGCGAGGAGCCGUUCCCCCUGAGUCCCCUCGGCCUUGCUCCCUGCCACUCCGGCCCUGCUAUGGUUCAGAGCCUGGCCCUGCUACCCCAGAUUUCUAUGCCCUGGUGGCCCAGCGGCUGGAACAGCUGGUCCAAGAGCAACUGAGAUCCCCACCUAGUCCAGAAUUACAGGGUCCCGCACCCACAGAGAAGGAAGCCCUGCUGCGAAAACUGGUGGCCUUGCUGGAAGAGGAGGCAGAAGUCAUCAACCAGAAGCUGGCUGCAGACCCAGUCUUGCAGCGCAAACUGGCGCGCCUCUCAGCCAGUUCCUUCAGCCGCCUAGUGGAGCUCUUCUCUAGCAGAGAGAUCAGCCCUCGCCCAAGUCAAGCAUUACCGUGCCCUGGGCCUCCGCCACCUUCCCCGGAACCCCUGGCCCGCCUGGCCCUGGCUAUGGAACUGAGUCGGCGCGUGGCUGGGCUGGGGGGCACGUUGGCCGGACUCAGUGUAGAGCAUGUGCGCAGCUUCGCGCCCUGGAUCCAGGCCCACGGGGGCUGGGAGGGCAUCUUGGCAGUUUCACCUGUGGAUUUGAACUUACCCUUGGACUGAGCUCUCCCUCAGAAGUUGCUGUAAGAUCAGACCUCAUGUCCCUGCACCCUCUUUCCAAGCCUUCCUAUUCCACUCAGGGCUGUGGGGUGGUGCCUGCCCUCUAUUUUUUUGCCAAAAAAAAAAAAAAAACCAAACACAAAAAACCUGUUUAAAAUGUUUUCACAUUAAAAACUUUUUCAAGUCU